AUGAAUGUUUUAGUAAUCAUCUCAUUUUUGGUCUGCUUAAUAGCUGCCAGCGACGCCCGUCAUAAAUCUAGCUGGACGCAAAGUCGAACAAGUACAGAUGAAAACCCUCACGUUGCUACCCUUAUCACACCCGAGACUACAAAACCGGAGCUCGUAGGAUCGUCGGAAAAUAAAGUUUUUUAUGAUCCGUUUGGCCGUUGGCAAAAGAAACAUAAGAGUAUUUCAUCUUUGUUUCCAUGGAAUUGGCAUUGGCCUCACAAGAAAACGACGACUACAACAACAACAACAACAACGACAACAAAGAAACCAUGCCAAAGAUGUCGCAGAACAACAACAACAACGACAGAACCACCCUGCGAUUAUGACGAUGAUGAGCCAACUACACUUGCACC